AUGGCGCCCAAGUUAAACUGCAGCCCUCUCCUUUUGGCCGCCCUCCUGGUCUCCGUCUUUGCCGCCGCCGCCGCCACCGGCGAUUACUGCUACGCCGGGUUUGGUCUGCCGGACUUUCCGCUCCAGGGCUGCCGCGAGUAUGUGGCGCACAAAACCUGCGGCGCCGGUAUCCUCGGGGCGCCGUCCGUCCCCGUCGAGACGCUGCAGCAGCAGUGUUGCCAGGAGUUCUCACAGAUUCGGCAGCACUGCCGGUGCGAGGCGCUGCGCUACUUCAUGGGAGGAACAUUAUCUCAUCCACACCACAGCAGCCUCCUGGCCCGGCCCGGAUGCCCCACAGAACCGCAGAGGGACUUCGCGAGAAUGCUCCCCGCGCCGACGCAGUGCAACUUGGUGACAGAAUUCAACACUCCAUUCUGCUUCGGCAUGGACGAACCUAUUGCUCGUGAAUAA